AUGAUAACAUGUCCGGAUGUCAAGCAGAAUUGUGACCAGCUGAAUGUUCAGAGUGAAUGCCCUUUAACCUGCGGAAUCUGUACUCCGGAUCCGAAUAUCUGUGAUGACACAAACUUAAAUUGCGCCUCGAUUGUUACAAUGUGUUAUAUGGAUCAAUAUAAAAAACAGUGCCCGAAGGCUUGCGGCGUUUGUGGCGGGACUACUGUAGCUGAUUGUGUAGAUCAUUUGGUGGAAUGCCCAAGCUACAGUACCCCAUGUCCUGCAAAUCUUAUCGAAAAGUGCCCGGUGACCUGUGGUGUUUGUGGGAAUGUCACGACUACAGUAUCGCCAAUGAGAACUACAGUAACCCUGCAGACUACAAAAACUACAACUACAGUAACCACAACUUCGUGUAAGGAUGCAUCACCUAAUUGUGGAGCAUGGGCGAAGAAUGGAUUCUGUACGAAUACAUUCUAUCCACCGGAGAAGAGAAAAGAAUAUUGUGCAAAGACUUGCAAAUUCUGCUGA